AAAUCAUUUCGAUUUCGCUGUGAACUAAAGCAACCAAAACUCCCAUCAAAAUGAAAGUCGCUGUCGUUGUACUCGCUCUCUGCGGAUAUGUCUCCGCCGGUGUCAUCGGAUACGCCGCCCCAGCCGUCGGUGUCCUCACCAGCGGUCAGUCCUCUCAGUUCCGCAGCCAAGAUAACAUUGGAAACUAUGCUUUUGGUUACAACGAAGAUCACGCCACUGGAGGCACCUUCAGACGAGAGGAGGGCGCACCCGGUGUUCAGGUCGGCUCAUACGGACUCAGGGACGCUGACGGACGCGUCCGAGUCGUCAACUAUGUGGCCGAUGCCGGCGGCUUCAGAGCCAACAUCCAGACCAAUGAGCCGGGAGUUGAGCCCAAGGAUCCCGCAUCCGUUCUCAUCAACAAAGCCCAGGCUAUUGUUGCCCCCGCUGUGGCCGCUGCACCUCUUGCCGCCCCCAUAGUCCAGACCCAUUUGGCCGCCCCAGUCGUGUCCCACUACAGCGCACCCGUCGCUGUGGCCGCUCCCGUCCAGAGCCACUCCUACUCCACUCAUACCCAACACGUAGCCGCCGCUCCGGUGGUCAGCCACUUCGCUGCCCCCGUCGUGCACAGCCACUUGGCCGCCCCCUAUGCUUCCCAAGUUGUGUCCACCCAUGUGGCCGCUCCCUUUGCCGCCCCAUUGGCCGCACCGGUCGCUUAUGCCACCAAAACCAUCCACUCGGCUGCCGCCGCCCCUCUCAUCAACUACUGGUAAUCAAACAAAUUGUCUAAACCUUUAGAUAAUUUAUCGCAAGAAGACGUCCACCCGAUUGAUAAACUCUUUAUGUGUGAUCUCUAUCUCCUAUCUCUCUCUACUCAUUGUCCGUGUAAUCGAUUUAUUAAACUUUUUAUUUACGGAUAAAUUGUAUCAAUAAAUCAUUACUUAAGUUACAGUACAGAUCAAGAAUACUCUCUCUCUCUCUCUCUCUCUCUCUCUCUCCCCUACUAUUUGUGUCGGUGUGAGGACUACCGAUGCCCUGUGUAUCGAGUGUUCCCUCCGGUAACGGAUCGAUAGCCUGUCCUCAAAGUCAAGUGAAUUGUUUUUUUCUUUCACUCUAUAAUUAAGUGUAAAUAAAAAU